UUCACCGAAGCUGGUCGGUCGGAUGACGUCACCCGUCGGCGCCGGCCAAUCCCGGCCGGCCGCUGCUGGGUCGGCAGCUCCGACCGGCCGAUGACGUCAGUGACGGCGGCCAGAAAUCCCAGCAGCACGCCGCGUAGCGCUGCCGAAUCGUCCGCGGGCUGUCCCGCUCCCGGCGCCUCUUAUAAGCAGGUACCGCCGCCCGGUCGCCAGUUGCAGGCUGCACGCUGCUGAAUAAACAGGUCUCAUCUCGUCUCAACUGUGUCACAAUGCGUUGUCUGCUGGUGGUAGCUGUGCUGGUGGCGGCCGUCGGAGCCGCCUCAGUCUCCCAGCGCGUCUCCGUGAGCGGCUCCUCCCGCGGCGGAGAGUCCGUCUCCGUCUCAGAGACCUCGAGCAGCAUCCGCUCCGACACGGGCACCACGCUCGGCACCAGGAGCUCCUUCUCCAGUCGGCGCCGGACGCCGGCCGCCGUCGGCACCCCGGCCCAGGCGGGCGCUCCCGUGGCGCCCGCCACCGCCCAGAGGGCUGUCCCGGCCGCCGCUCCCGCGGCCGCCGCAUCUCCUGCCGUAGGCGCCACAUCUCCUGCUGUGGGCGCCGCAUCUCCUGCCGUGGGCGCCGCAUCUCCAGUUGCGGGCGCUGUGCCCUCGACUGCGGGCGCCGUGCCGGCGGCCGGCGGCACCAGCCUGCAGGCUGCCCAGUCGGCUCUCAGCGGCAGCAUCCCGGUGGUGCCCUCCGUGCGCCCCCUGCGCCCUCUCAACAUCCAGGUGCCGUCUCUGGGGGCGCCUGCCAUCGGCACGCGCUUCAACAGCCGUCCCGGCAGCGGAGCGGGAGUGGCGCCCGCACUGGCCGGCGCCCAGGCCAGCCUGAACCAGGCGGCCGCCGAGCUGAGCGCCGUCAUGAGCGCCCUCGGCGUUUAGACGCUCACCGGUCGGCGGCGGCGGUUAUGGCACGGGGACCGGGACGGUGUGGAGAAGUCUGAGUCAGCGGAGGGAGAGUCGGCACGGCAGGGAAGCUCGGCCGCUGCAGAGGGAGCGGUGACGGCCGACGCGAACGACUCAUCAUCAGAUGAGUUUUAGUCGGAAUUAAGACUGGACUUGCGGCCAGAGAGGCGUGGCUGUGGUUGGCAGCAGUAAGGGAGAACUUGAGGGAUGGUAUUCCGUCCUCUCGCUCAGUGCUAGGCGUGGCGAGGACGGACCAGCAACGCAGGCUCGCAGAGGAACAAACACCUGAAGGAUGCGCUGACCGGCUUAAAACGGCGUCAGCGGUGUGACGGUGGCCGAGCACUGCCAGAAAGACGGAGGGAGCAGUGGUGCCUGAGCUGCUUCUACCGAAUAGACCUGCCCCGGUGGCACUAAAAAGACAGAAUGCUUAUGUGCUUAGUGUGAGCGUCAAGGGCGGGGAGAAGAAAGCUAGAAUGAGCUUUUUGUGACUGAUUUGAAUGUGAUGUGAACCUUGUUUGUAACAAGAUGAUACCAUCGAUGUUAAUUGUUGACAAACAAUAUACUUAUGAGGACCAGUGAUCA